ACGUUUCCUUCUUAUCUUCGCAGACAAGGCAAGUCAAGCAUCCAAGGACAAAAGAUCAAGAGGCAUUCGCGCUGCUGUCACAAACCCAAAUAAUUAACUUGCCUGUUUAAUCUGGUGUCUAAGGAGGCAUCCUGGAUCCCGUCAUGAGCAAAGCUGAGAUGGGCAAGCUCAACACUUCCCCUGAUGAAGACAGCAGCAGCUAUAGCUCCAAUGACUUCAACUACCCCUACCCAACCAAACCAGCUGCUAUAAAGAGCCAUUAUGUAGACAUGGAUCCAGAAAACCAAAACUUUUUACUUGAAUCCAAUCCUGGAAAGAAGAAAUAUGAAACUGAAUAUCAUCCAGGUACUACUUCCUUUGGAAUGUCAGUAUUUAACCUCAGCAAUGCUAUUGUGGGGAGUGGCAUCCUGGGGCUGUCUUAUGCCAUGGCAAACACGGGAAUUGCUCUUUUUGUAAUUCUUCUACUCUUUGUGUCAAUAUUCUCUUUGUAUUCCGUUCACCUCCUCUUGAAGACUGCUAAUGAAGGAGGAUCUCUAUUAUAUGAACAGUUAGGGAUGAAGGCGUUUGGUAUGGCUGGGAAACUUGCAGCAUCUGGAUCAAUUACAAUGCAGAAUAUUGGAGCUAUGUCAAGUUACCUCUACAUAGUGAAAUAUGAGUUACCAUUGGUCAUCAAGGCAUUUAUGAACAUUGACGAAAACACAGGACAGUGGUAUCUGAACGGUGACUAUUUGGUUCUAUUGGUAUCCUUGGUGCUUAUUCUUCCAUUGUCACUGUUGAAAAAUUUAGGUUAUCUUGGUUACACAAGCGGAUUUUCGUUGUUGUGCAUGGUCUUCUUUCUGAUUGUUGUCAUUUGCAAGAAAUUUCAAAUUGAUGUUUGUGGAGUGGAUUACAAUAAGGUUAAUCAGACUCUGAAUGCCACCUUAGAACAUCAUUCAGCUGCUGUAGAUGUUAAUGGAAAAGCACCCAAUAUAACUGAUGACAAGUGCACACCAAAAUACUUUAUCUUUAAUUCGCAGACUGUCUAUGCUGUACCAAUCCUAACAUUUUCCUUUGUUUGCCAUCCUGCUAUUCUUCCUAUUUAUGAAGAACUGAAAGGCCGAAGCCGUAGAAGAAUGAUGAAGGUGUCCAAUGUUUCAUUCUUUGCCAUGUUUCUGAUGUACCUUUUGGCUGCUCUCUUCGGCUACUUGACAUUUUAUGGAAAUGUUGAGCCAGAGUUACUUCAUACGUAUUCAAAUAUGCUGGGAGCUGAUGUUCUCCUCCUUAUUGUCCGUUUGGCUGUUCUGAUGGCAGUCACUCUUACAGUGCCCGUAGUAAUUUUUCCGAUCCGCAGCUCCAUCACACAGUUGUUGUGCGCAGGGAAGGAAUUCAGUUGGGUGCGACACUGCGCUAUCACAAUGGCUCUCUUGGCAUUCACCAAUGUUCUCGUAAUCUUUGUUCCCACCAUUCGAGAUAUAUUUGGAUUCAUUGGUGCAUCUGCUGCUGCCAUGUUGAUCUUUAUCCUGCCAUCUGCUUUCUACCUUAAACUUGUGAAGAAGGAACCUAUGAAAUCAGUACAGAAGAUUGGGGCCCUUCUUUUCCUGCUCAGUGGCAUGUUUGUGAUGACUGGAAGUAUGACCUUGAUCAUUCUGGACUGGAUCCAUAAUGCUGCUUCCAAUGGCCAUUAACUGUUUACUUCAGACUCCGGUAUUCAUUCUACCAUCUACUGAGAGAGAGGACUUCUUACCCGUGUUUGCAGUUCUGCUUCCUUUGAAAUGCAGAUUCUUUGAUGCUGUUUCAUCUGAGUGUAGAAUAGGUGGACUUUUCUGCACAAUGGAAAUGGAUACUAACAUCAAACCACCUGAAUCUUUGGCUGAGGGAAGUGACUAUUUAUUCCAUUCCAGAGAAUGGACAGCUGUCUCUGUAAAAUUUAUCAAGCCAGAUAUUUGGCUCCUAUCAUUGUUACUUGGAUUUUUUUAUUAUUUACUUGAAUGUGCCUAAUGGAAAAAAGUGAUGUAAGAAAUCAGUUAGUUUACAGCAGAGAAGGGGGUAAGCUAACCAGUGAAAGAGAAAAAAACAUAAUUAUUUUUGUACCAAAAAUUAUGGACCUCAAAAGCACUAUUUUGACUUUAAGGAAAUGUUUUGUAAGUUGAUGUUCCAAAUAAGGGUAGAAAGAAACCUAUAAACUGUCUAAAUUCAACAAGUCAGGCCUUUCUAUAGAGGCAUAACUUUAAAAAGUAUAUUUUUGGCCAUGAAAACUUAUUUUUGAAAUUUAUUAUACUAUAGGUCACUUAAUUUGGAAAACUCAAAAUUGUGACUGAGUUCUGUAUGUAGUCCAAGUUAUUUUGAAACUAAAACCAAACAAAGACCCAAUGUUAAUAUAGCUAGUCAAGUCAGCAUAAACUACCAUACUGUCUUGAAAGGAGAUAUUUACUCAAAUGACCAUGUUCUAAAAUAUUCCAUGCCACCAGGAUCGGUUUAUAUAGUAAACACUCUAUUGCUGUGAUCGCACACACAAAAUAAUGCACUUUCAAUGCACUUUCCAACUGGACUUUGCCAGUUCAAACAGUAAAAUCCAGUUGGAAAGUGCGUUAAAAGUGGAUUUGAAGGUGCAUUAUUUUGUGUGUGUGAUCACAGCCUAUAUGUAGCAAAUACAGUGUCUAAUCAAAGGAAUACUACAACCAAGCAAGUCCCUUGAAAUUCAUGUGGGCUGCAGAGGAGCAGUAUUUGGCAGAUCACACAGUAGGUCAUUAGAACAGCAAUAUAUUUGCAUCUUUCUUCUUGAGGUACUGAAUAGUGCAAUCAGAUAAAAUGGGGUGGGGGAGAUUUCAUUCAUUUGCAGUUACCUACCAAAUCUUUGUCAUUAGUUGCCAUAGGAAAUCUCCAUCCCUCUUGAUGGGAAAUUCUCCUUACUGACAGCGUACAAUGUAGUGACAAUGUUACAAAUUUUGGCUUUGUUAUUUUUUUUUUCAGUUUAUUAUUUGAAACAAGUAAAGGUGAGGUCCUGUUAUCGUUUACGAGUGGUACAGUAUUCAAAAACUGUACAAUAUUUUUUCAGCAUCAAGUUUUCAUCCAUUGUUGGAUUUUAAAUUAUUUUAUUCUGUGUUCCUCUGAACAUGUAAUAUAUAGCCUUUAUAUUACACCAGGAUUUGGUGUAGGCAGCAGCAGUUCUCUUCAUAAGGCUACUGGGAUUUCUAAUGCAACUGAUAGUGUAUAGUAAUCUUUUUUUAAAAAAGAAAAAAGAUCAUGUUAGACUAGAUGAUCAUCUUAUAUUUAUUUGUUUCUAAAACAGAUGUAUGCUGUUCAACCUUAACUACUUAGUUAAAGAUGCAGCUGGUGUUCAGUGGGUAUUAAGAUCUUUCUUUCCAUGUAGAUAGAUUAAUCUAGGAGAUAAAAGAAUUUCCCCCAUUCGUUCUCCGCUAAAUGUGCCUGUUCAUUAUAGUUCAUGGGAGCUCUGCUAUCCCUGUCUUGCCCUUACCCCUCUGAUUAGUCAGAAAAUGGCAAGGGGGGGGCAGAGUAGAUGGAGACACGCACAGAGCUCCCAGUCACUGAACUGUGCACCAUUGUGCAGCCUGAAUGAAAGUCUUGUGCAUUUGUGCUGAAUAGAAGGCAUACAGGUAUUCAGUUAUGUUACAGUGCGAUCUCUCUGUGCAUAGGCAUUGAGCACAUGUGGGAAUUCCUCAUGUCUUAAAACAUUUUAUUGCUAUAGCAUGUAUGUUGCAACAAUUCAGUCCCAGGAUAAAGUGAUACAGUACUUCGUUAAGAGUGCAUUUGACACUGCUUAUUAUACACAAA